UAAUGUAAAGAGGCGGAGGAUGAUUAGGGUUUAAAGCAUCAAUCACCGCUACUAUAAAAAGCCGCAACAUCUCGAGCAAAGCUCAAAGCCGCAGUGAUUUUCUCAUUGAGCUCAGGUGAGACGACAAUCAAUUAAGGUUCGUAGCGUUUGUUUUUAUUUUUGUUUUACAAUUCUAUGCAUCGAACAAGUAUAUCUACUUGCAAAGAGAGUGAUGAAAUUACUGUGCGAACGCAGCUCCCUUAAUGGUGCUAUGAGCAGCACUUUCCACACGAGAUUUCUGACUCACUCUUAUUUAUUUUAUUAAGAUUGGCUGAACGGAUUUGCUCGCUCAACCCUCAUUACAGCAAAUCAAAUUGGUGAGCGGGAGUAUCAUACUCACCUAGCUGUUUUAGAUGAACCCAUCUAUGAUAAUGAAGGAUCGCAAGAGCCAAGUGGAUUGCCUGAAAACAACCAAGAGUAUGUUCAUUAAGAAAUGAAUGAACAUGUGGUACACAGUGAAAAACAUAGCAAUGGUGUAGAAAGAGCACAAAUGUUUAAUGAAGACAGAGACAAGAGUUACAGCGACGCCACUUCGCUCUUCCGGGAAGAUAAUAAAGCCUUGGUGGUUGUUGCUGAAUCACGCAUAUUCACCAGUCAUGAAAUGAGCUUGUUUUGGGGGUUUGGAGAACAGAACGGAACUGAAAAUUCUGCUGCACAGGCCUCAGAAACCAACUUGAAAAGUGAGGAUGCCGGGGAAAAAGAAAAUGAACUGAUUGUUGAAAAAGUAGCAGCUCCACAAGUUCCUGAAGAGCCCCUUCAUGAACAUGAGCUUUCUAUCAUCCGUGGCACUUCCAAUGGCCAGAAUUGUGAAAAUGAAUCUCUCAAGCUUGAGAAUACAAAUUCAUCUCCGGCUGGAGAGACUUCUCCUAGAGAUGCAUGGAGAUCAGAUUUAGUCCAGAUACCAUAAGGGGAAGCAAGUCCUUAUUUGCUAAGAAAUCGAAUUUGUCAAUCCGGAAAUAGAACAGUAAAAGUACUUUGAUUCAGAGGACACUGAAGCUCCCCUUACACGACAUGAAAGAAAUGCAUUGAGCACCAUGAGAGGGAAAACAGGUAAUAUCACAACACAAAAGGCAUUGUCAAAGAGGAGAGCUCUGGGGGACCUCCAAAUGAGACAGAUGUAGUUGGUUAAUUUGAUUUCGUUUCGAA